AUAAUGGCCGACCCGAAGGAUUACCCCGCCAAGUUGACAGUUUUUGUAUUCCUGGCGUGUUUCGUCGCCGCCACCGGCGGCCUCAUAUUUGGGUAUGAUCUUGGAAUCUCCGGUGGAGUUACAUCAAUGGAUUCUUUUCUUAUCCGAUUCUUCCCAUCGGUAUACCAUAUGGAAAAGGAGGAUGUCUCGACUAAUGAAUACUGUAAAUUCAAUAGCGAGCUCCUCACGCUAUUCACGUCGUCUUUGUAUCUGGCGGCACUUAUCGCCUCCUUCUUCGCCGCGACUGUUACAAGGGUGUUCGGUCGCAAAUGGUCCAUGUUUGGCGGCGGCAUCACCUUCUUAGUGGGCGCGAUCGUCAACGGCGCUGCGGUAAAUGUUUUUAUGCUAAUCCUUGGUCGUUUUCUCCUAGGAAUCGGCAUCGGCUUCGCCAACCAAUCGGUGCCCGUCUACCUCUCCGAGAUGGCUCCCCCUAAACUCCGUGGCAUGCUCAACAUCGGCUUCCAGAUGAUGAUCACAAUCGGCAUCUUGAUCGCAAAUCUCAUCAACUAUUGGACAGCACUGAUCAAAGGGGGGUGGGGUUGGCGUGUGAGCCUUGGCCUCGCUGCUGUGCCUGGUGCCAUCAUCGCCGUUGGUGCUUUUGUACUCCCUGAAACCCCCAACUCACUACUUGAGCGCGGGCAUGAUGCCGCCGCCAAGGCGAUGCUCCAUAAGGUGCGAGGAACACAUCGCGUUGACGAGGAAUACGAAGAUCUAGUAAUCGCUAGCAAUGAAUCUAAGGCCGUGAAGCACCCAUGGAAAAAUAUCAUCCAACGCCGAUAUAGACCACAACUCACCAUGGCAAUACUCAUCCCCUUUUUCCAGCAAUUUACUGGCAUCAACAUCAUCACGUUCUACGCACCUGUUCUAUUCAAAACUAUUGGCUUCGGCGACCAGGCUUCUCUCAUGUCCGCUGUCAUUACUGGCACAGUGAACAUGUUGGCCACAUUCGUAUCAAUUGCAUCUGUAGAUAAGCUGGGCCGUCGCACUCUAUUUUUAGAAGGCGGGAUUCAAAUGAUCAUAUGCCAAAUCAUUGUGGGCACGCUCAUUGGCGUUAAGUUCGGAGUGACAGGCGCACAAACAGAAUUUUCAAAGAGCUACGCCGGGUUGGUGGUGGCAUUCAUUUGCAUUUAUGUGUCAGCAUUCGCGUGGUCAUGGGGGCCACUCGGGUGGCUUGUGCCAUCAGAGAUCUUCCCAUUAGAGAUCAGGUCGGCUGGGCAGAGCAUCAAUGUGUCGAUGAACAUGUUAUGCACUUUCAUACUUGCUCAGGUGUUCCUCAACAUGCUCUGCCACUUGAAGUUCGGACUCUUUUACUUUUUUGGUGGUUUUGUUGUCAUAAUGACGACGUUCAUCUUCUUCUUCUUUCCGGAGACGAAGAAUGUGCCAAUCGAAGAGAUGGUGAUUGUUUGGAAGAAGCAUUGGUUCUGGGGCAAGUUCAUCCCUGACGAGACUCCGCAGGCCGUACGUGUUAUUGCGGCAUAA